AUGGCCAAUGGUGGGACGGCGUCGCGCGGCCCGCCCGACGGCUCGCCGGCCGCGCUGCGGGGCCUGGUGCAGCAGCCCCUUCUCCACGCCUACGAGGCGCGCAAGGACCCGGAGGCGCACGGCUUCGGCCCGGCGGAGCCCGACGGCGGCGCGAGCUUCGUGUGGACCUGCUUCAAUGGCCUCAACGGCCUCUCCGGCGUCGGGCUGCUGUCCAUCCCGUACGCGCUGUCGGAGGGCGGGUGGCUGAGCCUGGCGCUGCUGCUCGUCGUCGCGACGGCGUGCUGCUACACGGGCCUGCUCCUGCAGCGGUGCAUGGAUGCGUCCCCGGCCGUGCGGGGCUACCCGGACAUCGGCGCGCUCGCGUUCGGGCGCGGCGGCCGCCUCGCCGCGUCCGCGUUCCUCUACGCCGAGCUCUACCUCGUCGCCAUCGGCUUCCUCAUCCUGGAAGGGGACAACCUGGACAAGCUGUUCCCGGGCACCAGCAUCAGCCUCGGCCUCGGCCGUGGCGGCGACGGCGGUGGCGCCGCAACCCUCGUGGUCUCCGGGAAGCAGCUCUUCGUCGUGCUCGUCGCCCUCGUCAUCCUGCCCACCACGUGGCUCCGGAGCCUCGGCGUGCUCGCCUACGUGUCCGCCAGCGGCGUGCUCGCGUCGGCCGUCGUCGUCGUCUGCGUGCUGUGGACCGCGGUGGCCGACGGCGUCGGGUUCCGCGCGAAGGGGAGGAUGCUCAACGUCAGUGGCCUCCCCACUGCUCUGGGCCUCUACACCUUCUGCUACUGCGGCCAUGCCAUUUUCCCGACGCUCUGCAACUCCAUGAAGGAGAAGAAAAGGUUCUCCAGGGUGCUUGUCAUAUGCUUCGUCUUGUGCACUUUCAACUACGGAUCCAUGGCGAUCCUCGGCUACCUCAUGUACGGCGACGACGUCAAGUCCCAGGUGACGCUGAACCUGCCCGAGGGCAAGAUAGGCUCGAAGCUAGCGAUCUACACCACGCUGAUCAACCCCUUCUCCAAGUACGCCCUGAUGGUGACGCCGCUCGCGACGGCGGUGGAGGAGAGGCUGCUGCUCGCCGCCGGCUCCGGCUCCGGCCGCGGCAGCAGCGAGAGGUCCAUCAACGUGCUGGUCAGGACCCUGCUGGUCGUCAGCACGGUCGUCGUCGCGCUCGCGGUGCCCUUCUUUGGACACCUCAUGGCGCUUGUCGGCUCACUCCUCAGCGUCAUGGCCGCGAUGCUGCUCCCCUGCAUCUUCUACCUCAAGAUCUUCGGCGUGGCGCGCUGCAGCAGGGCGGAGGUCGCGCUCAUCGCCACCAUUAUUGUUCUGGGUUCCGUGGUUGCUGCGACUGGCACGUACGCUUCUGUGAAGAAGAUUGUUCUCGACUACUGA